UUUGCAAGCUUGCUCAUUUUUGCCUACGUCGCAGAAACUGAAUUAGCUAGCUGGCUAGUUAGCUUUUAUUAAUAGCUAUUAUCCAUCAGUGGAUCUAUGGGCUGAGCAUUACCUUAUAUAGGCCUGUUUUCUGACUGAGGGGUAGCAGACCUACUCUGCGCUUGUAAAAUGUAAACGAGGGACACAUCCACUUUGGGAUAACCCGGACCCAUCUUUCCAGAAGCCCUACCCUGUCGCAUAGUGUGACAACAAAAGAGGGAGGGCGUUCAACACUACAAACAAACGCUAAAGAUGUCAUCACCAGAACAGAUUAUUGCAAUCGUAAUGGAUGAUAAAACGUACAACGUGAGCAAAAGCAAACUGAUUGAGAAGAGCGACUACUUCCGUGCGCUGUACAGUUCUGGAAUGCGGGAGUCCGGAGAGGAUUCGGUGCAGCUGCAGGGAUUGAGUGUACCCGGCCUGGAAUUGGUCCUGGAGUUCAUUAACACUUCAAAAGUGCAGGUUGUCAAUGAGACAUUGGAGGAUUUGAUUGAGACGGCAUCUUUUUUGCAAGUGACUUCAAUUUUAAAAUUACUGCUGUCAGAAAUCAGGCAGGACAACUGUGUGGAACUGUAUAAUCUCUCCGAGAUAUACGGAACUCAGGAUCUGAGGAAUGCGUGUCUCAAAUUCAUGAGCUGUCAUUACCACCCGAUGCUUCGGAGAUCCGAGUUCCGGAACCUCCCGGCUUCCCUCCGCAGCCAGGUAAGGGAGAUGCGCAUGAAGGGCACCGCUACCCUGGUUGCUAUUGGGGAUUUUAUCGGAACCUGUCUAGACCUGGCUGAUCAGGACGAGCCGUGGUCCAUGCUUCGUUACGGAGAGCUAGAGCAGCGCUGGAAGCCGCUAGCGAACAACCUGCCCUCGGACAUGGUCAAUGUGAGAGGGUAUGGUUCCGCCGUCCUGGACAAUUAUUUGUUCAUCGUUGGAGGCUACAGAAUGACAAGUCAGGAGAUAUCAGCAGCGCACUGUUACAACCCCUGUCGGAAUGAGUGGAAUCAGGUGGCCCCCCUGAACCAAAAGAGGUCCAAUUUCAAACUGCUGGCAGUGAGUGGGAAGCUGUACGCGGUGGGUGGACAGUGUCUGGGCACGGUGGAGUGCUACAGCCCAGAGCAGGACUGGUGGACCUGCGUGUCCUCGCUGCCCGACCCGCUGGCGGAAUUUUCCGCCUGCGAGUGCCAGGGAAUGAUCUACGUCAUGGGGGGCUACACCGCCAGAGACAGGAACACCAGUGUGCUGCGGUACUGCCCAGCCUCCGACACUUGGACAGCGUUCCGCUCCUGCCCGGUCCAUGUGCGCAAGCAGCAGAUGCUCUCGGUGGAGGACACCAUCUACCUGGUCGGGGGCUACACCCACGAGCUGGAGCCCGAGCGCCGGCGGGCCAGCCAGACGGAGGACAUGCUGACGGUGCAGUCCUACAACGUCACUACGGGCGAGUGGCUCCACCUGAAGGAGAACACCUCCAAGUCGGGGCUCAACCUCACCUGCACACUGCACAACGACGGCAUCUACAUCAUGAGCCGCGACGUCAGCCUGCCCACCAGCUUAGAGCACCGGGUGUUCCUCAAGUACAACAUCUUCUCCGACGCUUGGGAGGCCUUCCGCCGCUUCCCGGCCCUGGGGCAGAACAUGCUGCUCUGCUCCCUCUAUCUCCCCAAUGUUCUGUGAGCGCGUCCUGUGAGCACG